CAAAGGAGCUUACGCUUGCUGCUUUCGUUUACUGCGUAGCUCUUGGCUACGUCCACGCAAAUUGCGCUCAGGUCACUGGCGAGCCUUUUCAGCUGGUUAGCCAAACAUCCAUAGAAAAAGAGAUGAGCAGGAAAACGAGACGAAGAAAACGCGAACAGUUUAUUCCAAGCUAGAAAAAUAGAGACAAAAAGGCAGCAUAAAAACAUCGAUAACGGGUGAUUCAUCCCACAGCAUUACUCUGUCAAAAGAGCCAAAGCUUCACCUAUUGUUUUGUAGGUACAAGCAGCUGGGUGCCAGAUUAUCAGUCCCUGUGGGACGAGUACUAAGGUCCACUAAUCAUAGGGACACGUGCUCUAAAGUUAUCUAGCUUAGACCUAUGGCAGCAAAUCAAUGGAAGUAUUUCAUCAUUCUUGAGUGUCAGAUGUGAAAAAGUCAAACUUCUCACCUCAUUCUGGCUGCUGGUAUGUCUGAACCUGAAGCUAGCAUAGCUUCACAGUUUGUAAUAGCAUGUUAGCGAAUGGCUAAAUAAGUAUGGUGACAGAUCAGGCCAUUAACCUUAACCCCUCCAUUAACAUCUCUGGCCCCUAGAAGGGGGUUUAAAUUCAUGUCUGGCAGUGCCCCCUCAUCCCCUCAUCUUUUCAUUUCUCAUUCAGUCAUCCCCUCUCCGACAUAAAAAUCUUCAGCUUUACAGCCAUCUUUUUCCUUGUGUAUCUUUAUCACUUCUGUCCUGCCUAACUAAAAUCGUUUGAGACUCACUUCUGUCCUUUGAAUUCAUCUCACAUUCAUCCAAGUCCAAAUCAAGUUACCACAGCUGCCCUGCCCUCUUCAAAGUUGCUGUCUCAUAGGCUAGCUGCUAGGCAUUUGUUUUGGUGGUUGUUUUGAUUGCAUGGAAUCGGCUUAAUCGUGGAGAGGCCAGGCUACCACAAACUGAUGGACUUUGACAAGCGAGGAGUUGGGGGAGGAGGGGGCGGGGGAGGAGGAGGAGGAGGAGGAGGUGGUGGUGGUGGUGGUGGUGGUGGUGGAGGUGGAGGAAAGGGUGAGGCAGAGGAUGGAAAGAGGAUGUCUGGGAAGACAGGGAGCCGUUCAGGGCACAGUGGCCGGGGUGCUGGCACCAACUCGGGGGUUCUGAUGGUUGGACCAAACUUCCGGGUUGGAAAGAAGAUUGGCUGUGGGAACUUUGGAGAGCUCCGACUUGGAAAGAACCUCUACACCAAUGAAUAUGUGGCUAUCAAACUGGAACCAAUCAAGUCAAGGGCGCCACAACUCCACCUAGAAUAUCGCUUCUAUAAACAACUGGGAAGUUCAGAGGGUGUACCCCAGGUGUUUUAUUUUGGACCAUGUGGUAAAUACAAUGCUAUGGUUCUGGAGCUACUGGGACCCAGUUUAGAAGAUCUGUUUGACCUCUGUGACAGGACCUUCUCUCUAAAGACUGUACUUAUGAUAGCCAUACAACUGAUAACUCGUAUGGAGUUUGUCCACACCAGAAGCCUGAUCUAUAGAGACGUAAAGCCUGAGAACUUCCUGGUAGGCCGACCGGGUUCCAAACGGCAGCACACCAUCCACAUCAUAGACUUUGGCCUGGCAAAAGAAUACAUUGACCCAGAGACCAAGAAACACAUCCCUUACCGAGAACACAAGAGUCUGACUGGAACUGCGAGAUACAUGAGCAUCAAUACACAUCUGGGGAAAGAGCAAAGCCGGCGGGAUGACCUGGAAGCUCUAGGCCACAUGUUCAUGUACUUCCUGCGAGGCAGCCUGCCCUGGCAGGGACUCAAGGCUGACACACUGAAAGAACGUUAUCAGAAGAUCGGAGACACAAAGAGAGACACCCCAAUAGAGGUCCUCUGUGAAAACUUCCCAGAAGAGAUGGCCACCUACUUGCGGUACGUGCGUCGGCUCGACUUCUUUGAGAAGCCAGAUUACGACUAUCUGAGGAAACUCUUCACAGACCUCUUUGACAGAAAUGGAUAUAUCUUUGAUUACCAGUACGACUGGACUGGAAAGCCACUGCCCACUCCUAUUGGUCCAGUGUCCAGCGAGACUCCGCUUCAGACGAGCAACCGAGAUAAAGCGCCGCAGACCAAAAACCAGUCUCCAGAGGGGAAAGGCAGUGAGUCCCAGCCCACUCCAGUGACCAAUCGAGAGCUUCUGGGCUCCCAUCUCACUGCUGAUAGGCUGGGCGGGUCUGUCCAGGUGAUGAGUUCAACCAAUGGGGAGCUGAAUACGGAUGACCCCACUGCAGGACACUCCAACGCACCAAUCACAGCCAACGCAGAGGUUGAAGUCGCUGAUGAUACCAAGUGCUGCUGUUUCUUCAAGAGGAGGAAGAGGAAAGCUCUCCAGAGACACAAAUGAAGACAAACAAGGGAACCCCUUGCUCUCUUCUUCACCAUCUCUCCUUCCUGUUUCUUUCUCUCUGCCUUUUCAUGAAACCCUCUCACCCCCCUCGUCCUCCUCACCCCUGCCAACGGGUGUCCACUUUGGGUCAGCUGGACCACCAGGCAGUAGAAUUAUUAAGCUGAUCUACUGGUUACUACUGCUCUGGACUGAGCACUCAGCGUAUGCUGCCUCUACCAGCAACAGACCCGUUGUGUAUUUAUGGUCAAGGACUGAACUGAAACCAGAGCAACAUAAAUUGCUUCGGGGAAAUGUGGUCACAAGUAUACAGCUGAUGGACUGUGAAAAACAAGCUGGCAGACUGGAUUCAGCUGCUUUCCUGGCAGACUGGCUAGUUCUCUUUUUUCUUUUCUUUUUUUUUUUCCCCCUUACUGACUGGUUCAGAGGAAAGACAAGUGUGUUUCUGAGUAAAUGCAAGAGAGAGGACUACAAAAACAAGGGUGCAAUGAGUCAGACCACAUAUGCACACCGAGCACACACACGUACACACACGCUGCACACUUUCCUUGGGCUCAUUGCAAAUAGGUUUCAUGGACAAAGAGAUGCAGCUCUCGCACAUAGUCAUUAAAGUUUUUAUUCUUUAGGGUCAAUGGAAGUUACACUGUGAGUGGACUGGACUGUUUCCUGAAAUGGACCAGGCUUGGUGUGUUCCUCAGUCCCUCUCAGAGGAAAGUCCCCACGACCACCAGAAUCAAAAGUUUAAGAAGAUGUUUAUGUAAAAUCUAUGCUUUUUUUUUUUCUUUUCCUGUUUUAAUUUGUACCUAAAAACAAAAAAAGGACUGUGGUCUGUUUUGAACCUGUUUUCUUUUCCCAGCAUCCUUUUGAGUUGUUCAGAAAGUUUGUGUUUUGUAGCUUCUAGUGUGUUCCUCAAAAUGUAAUUUUUUAAAAAAUAACUUUUUAAUUUUCUUUUUUUUUUUUUUUCCCCUCUUGCUCCCUGGGUUGGAGGAUGGAAAGUCAGAUAA